UAUGCGUGCGCGCGUGAGUGAGUCCGUGUACUAAAAAUAAAUUCUCGGAAUUGUAGAAGGAAGCAGGCAGGAUGCAAGAGGAACUUAUCUUGACGUGAUUAUAACGUACACUGGAAACUGUUUAUUUGAGCCGGCUGACGGGCGGUCAGUGGUCGAAGGUCCUCAAAGACAAUAGAACAGAAACUAACUACGAGCGGUUCCGUAGGGUCGAAUCUCGAGAGAAACACAGUUAUUACUGAUAGCUAAUCAUGGGUGAUUGGCAAAAUCCUCAUCAAGCGGGAUGGAAUUCUGGCGUACAAGGGAUGAACAUGCCACCUACAGUACCCCUCAUGACGCCCCCGCAACCCGGAAUACCUCUCAUGCAACAAGGGAUGCAACCUGGUGUUCCAAUGCAACCUGGGCUUCCGGUACAACCUGGUGCUGUAGUGCAAGUUCCUCCAGGUGGUUGGCCGAUGCCAAACAGCAGUUGUCCAUCCGGCUUGGAGUACCUUAUGGCCCUUGAUCGUUUGAUGGUGGAUCAACAGGUUGAGUUACUCGAAGCUUUCACCGGGUGGGAAACGGCAAAUAAGUACGUGGUCAAAGAUCCUAGAGGACAAGUUGUGUAUUACGUAGCAGAAGAGUCACACUUUUGUGGUAGAAUGUGCUGCGGCAAAUACCGACCCUUCAAUAUGCGGAUUGUCGACGUUACGAUGAAGGAAGUUAUCAGCCUUCACCGCCCCCUGCAGUGCUCUAGCUGCUGUUUCCCGUGCUGUUUGCAGGAAAUGGAGGUAUGUUCUAACGGUGUUCAAAUUGGCUCCAUUGCACAAAACUGGAAUCCCAUCCGCCCUUCUUUCUCGAUCUGCGACGCCAGUGGAGAUAGCGUUCUAAGCAUCAAAGGCCCCAUAUGCAUGUGCUCCUGUUUUGACAUUGACUUUGACGUACUUUCAGUUGAUGGUGAGCACAAAGUUGGCCGAAUUUCUAAAAAGUGGUCUGGAUUUGCACGAGAAGUAUUCACGGACUCGGAUAUGUUUGGGAUCAGUUUCCCUGGCGAUCUGGAUGUCAAAAUAAAGGCAGUUCUUCUUGGUGCAUGUUUCCUGAUUGAUUUCAUGUACUUUGAAGGUAAAAGUAAGGCUGGUCAAUUGGGCUAGAAGUUACGAAUUACUGCUGCGAUAAUUUAUGUAAAGAGGAGAAAAAAAAAUGGCGGAGAAAUUUGAAUCUGAAAAUUAUUAUAUCUGCUGUCUACGGCUGCGGCUUUUACUAUGUACACGCACUGAA